AUGUCUUCGUCUGCUACGGUCGUCGAAUCCAUCAGUUGCGCUUCCAUUGGUCAUAAGCAGAAGACAGCUCUUCUUGCCACUGCAGUGAUCAUCUUAAUUGAUGACAACGGAGUCGCUCGCGCACUCCUGGACUCAGGAAGUGAAUGCUACUUCAUCACGGAACGGUUUUCGCAGCGCAUCAAGGCUCAGAGGAAGAAAAUCUAUCUUCCAAUCUCAGGCAAAAGUUUUCAUCCACAAUCCGCUCUCGAGUUGGUGCGUACUCCAACCAACGUCGAAUUUCUCGUUCUACCCAUGGUGACCAUCGAUCUACCAGCUACUUCCGUCGAUACUUCGACUUGGGACAUGCCACGCAGCAUUCAACUCGCAGAUCCAUCGUGUGACAGCAGCAAUCCCAUCGAUGUCAUCAUUGGAGCCGAAAUCUUCUUCGACCUGUUCAAGGUUCCCGGACGAAUUCCUCUCGGCGAUAAUCUUCCGGUGCUGGUCAAUUCCGUCUUUGGUUGGGUAGUAGCUGGGAAGGCCACAAUGAGUCCGUCUACCGCUCUCGUCGUAGCAAACGUCGCUACCGUUGCAGGUAUCCAUCACCUAAUGGAAAAUUUCUGGCCAAUCGAGGAAGACAGCAUAUCGACAGCGUACUCCGUUGUAGUACUGUAG